AUGGCGACAUCAUUACAAGCGACAACUUCAGCAGCAAGACCAAUCAUUAAAAACAUUGUCGACCAGUUUGUGGCACAUCCAAGUUGUCAGAAAAAAUUGACCUCUCUGUGGUUUCAUGACCUCAACAACAACAACCUCAUGUCCAGGUCUAGCUUCUUACAUGCACUCAUCAUCUUCGUCAUCAUCCUCUUCUUUCCUAUCUUAUCACUUGUCUACAUCCUCUUCCCAAACUUGAAGGUGUCCCAACUAAUGAAAACCCCAUGCAUGAAGUUCGUCGUGAAUGCAGCUUCCUACAUCUUCUUCCUCUUCCUCAUCGUCAUCCAGGGUCAUGUUGAGCAAGGCAAACUCUGUCAGGAGCGCUUGGGUCAACAUGACCAGUUGGCCAACCACAUCAAAACAUUUUCUUCCUCUUUCAUCAUUCGCAAUUCAACGGUCUUUGAAAAUUUGAAAUCUGCAACAAAUCACUUGAACGCAUACGUCGAUGGCUCCAUUAACAGACCAGCUAAUGAAAAUGAAUGCAUGGUGCUAAAAAGAAGUUUUCAUUGCAGAAAUGUCUCUGAAAUUUGCAUCAGGAACUACAGGCCUGCUGCCAUGGAGCAAGUAUACCGCACCGGCUGCCGAGACCACUUCAUCAACGUCUACAACGCGAUGGACUUCUUCAUGCUCGGCUUCUACAUGGCAUCAUUCACUCUCAGACGUAUCACAGAACAACUGAUCUGGAAAAGUUUAACAUUCUACAAAAAUGCCGCAUCAUGGAUGAAGUUGAAGGACGAUGACCCAGCUGCUGUGUACUGGUUCUACUGGCUCGAUGCGGACAGAUACUAUUGGGAUUCCUGGGAUCCUGUGCAUGUUUGUGAAGCUCUCUUCGCGGUCGGCAACAUCAUCAACUUCGCCCGUCUCUUCCAUCUACUCUCCAUCAAUGAACAUCUUGGUCCGAUGCUCAUAUCGCUAGAGAGGAUGAUCAAGGACGUCAUGAAGUUCAUGGUCACAUUCGUUCCUAUCUUCCUGGCCUUCAUGGUAGGUAUGCACAACUUGUACUGGUACUACGACCCCAGAGUUCGCAGUGUGGUCGAAAUGAAGGACCACAAGAUUGAAACCAAUGCACAGGAGGGCUUCGGAAAUUUAGAAUUGACGUUUCGUACAACCUUCUGGGCCCUGUUCGGUUUGAAGGAUGCACGGACGGUGGAACUCGGCAGAGGAUUUGAGAGUAGAUUCACGGAGAGUGUGGGCUACAUCGUGUUCGGUGUGUACAAUUGGGGUGCAGUCAUCGUUCUCCUCAACAUGCUCAUCGCUAUGAUGACGCGCUCCUUCGAUAAGAUCGCCACAGACCAGGAUAUAGAAUGGAAGUACGUACGUUCGAAACUAUACCUGGACUACAUCAACCACGGAUCAUCACUACCCGUUCCAUUCAACAUCCUCCUCGCACCUAAGUUCAUUUUUAAGCAUCUUAAAUGUGCAGUCACGUGGUGCUUUGAAGGUUCGUUUUGCGAUGAAAAGAAAGAGAAGAAAAAAAAUUUUGGACCGAUAUCCCGGUCUUUGAGGAAGAAGAUGCAGACAGAGGUAGGAAGGAAUGAUUGGACGCUGGAGAAGGCAUUGAACGCAGUAGGCAAGAUAUACGAAAAUAUCAGCAUCGGUGGCACGAACAACACCAUCACAGCCAACAACAGCAACUGCACAGCCAACAACAACAACAGCACAGUUAAUCAACAUUAUCACAACAAUGACGACGAUAAUGACUUCAUCUGUGUUGACGACAAUAACGAGAGAAACAACGACAACAACAACGAAUAUUGCAUCAAUUGUAAUUUUUACGCAAAAAAUGAAAUGAGCGGAAACAAAAAGUUUCUCGAGAAGAAAGCGAACACAAACAAAUUCAAUUACAAUAAGUAUCCUCUCAUCACCGCAGACAGAACUAGCUCCGUCGCCAACAAUAACAUCAACAAAAAUGACCAAAUUAAGAUAAAAAAUAUUAACAACAGAAAUAUUCUUCGUUACAACAACGACACCGACAACAACAACUUUCAACAACGUUUGGCGAAACAUAACAACAACAACAACGGCAGCCACAAAAUUUAUGGAAGUAGUAAAAAGUCGAACAACUCUGUCAACAGCGAUAAUAACAAAACCAACAACAUCUACAACUAUUGCAACACUAAUAACAACAAUAACAUUAGUAACAACAACGACGUCAACGAUGAUAAUGAUAAUGUUCGCGGCAACAAUUUCACAAGGGGCAUGCGACGAAAUGACAGCGUCACGACGACAGUCAAUAAAGAUGUCAGUGAUAACGUCAUCAAGAAUAUCGUCAGACGGUACAUAUUUGAUCGCCUGUUAGCCAGCGUUGGAAACAGUGAAGGUUCGAACACAACCUCCCUCCUCACACAACAAUUGGAUUCCAUGCAGGAGAACUUCCAGUUAGCCACCAACCGACUGUCCGAUCAACUUGCAAAACUUUCUCGCGACUUGACUCUUCAACAUUCGUCAACAUUCCACAACAACAAUAGUAAUAAUAAUAAUAACAACAACAACAACAUUAAUGUUUCACACGUUUCAAACGUCAUAAACAAUCCAAACAUUCAGAAGUCUUCGAAAUUUCGAAGCAGGAUUCAAAACAUCCUGCACAAGCACCACUCCUUCAACAUACCAUCCAUGGUGUCGGACAGUCUCGACAACAACAUUUCCGAAGAGAACAGCAGCAGCGUCAACCAGAAUGCAACUUGUACUUUCAACUGCGCGGCUUCAAAUCAUCUUUACACCAACAAAAGUUGCACUGAUCAUAAUGUUACUUCAAACGGCUUUGACUCGGCAGCGACAGGUAUGAGUCGCAGGAAUGUAAGUCACAUUACCGAUGACAACAGUCCAAAAAGAUUCGGUGGAGAAAAUAUAAAAUUGGAACACGUCAACCAAUACGUGCUGAAGAAAAAAUCUUUCUCGAAUUGGACAAAAAAUCACGGGCAAACUAAUUCAGCACAUUUGCAUUGCGGUGAUAUUUACAAAGAUAGUUAUAACAGCAACAGCAACGUUAUCAGCAGUAGCACAUGUGAGAGCAAUAAUAGUGACAACAACAACCCAAACAGCAACUACAUAAACAACAACAACCCAAACAGCAACUACAUAAACAACAACAACAACCCAAACAGCAACUACAUAAACAACAACCCAAACGGUGACGAUAACACCUGCUCCACUAACAACAACCAUAGUACGAACAUCAGAAGUUUGGCAGAUGGCACGCCACUGGCUAACAUUAAAAACACGCCGAACCUCAUCGGAACGACACGUCAACAACACAUUAACAGUUCAAAUGUUGAUUUCAAAACAGCUGACGAUAACUACUUAACAAAAUCUAAUUUCCUCUGUAAAUUCAUAACAACUCGUUCUGCAGAUAACAACACUUUUUACUGA